AUUUUAUUUUUGUUGCUUGGAAUUAAACAUAAUUUAUGUUAUCAAACUACUCUUGGCUUUCCGCUUUUCUGAUUCAUCAUGGAAAAAAGCGUGGAGCAAACAAGCAAAAUACUGCUCUCUCUCACUCCUUCUGAGGUUGCUGUUCUUAGGGAAGGAAUAAAUUUCUUAAGAAACAAAAGAGAUGGAAAGAAUUAUAUCUUGUACAAGGACAACAGUGUCCUGCGAGCAUGCAAGAACAUGUGUAAACACCAAGGAGGAUUGUUCAUUAAGGAUAUUGAAGACCUAACGGGAAGAUGUGUGCGUUGCACCAAGCAUAACUGGAAACUAGAUGUGAGCACAAUGAAAUAUGUGAAUCCUCCAGAAAGCUUCUGUCAAGAUGAAUUAGUUGUUGAAACAGAUGUACAUAAUGGACUUGUGCUAAUUGAAUUACAUCCUCCAAAUCCAUGGGAUACAGAACCUAGAAAGGUUGAAGAUCUGACAUUUGGAGAGGUCCAGGUGACAUAUCUAACUCAUGCAUGUAUGGACAUCAAGCUAGGAGACAUAAGAAUGAUAUUUGAUCCAUGGCUAACUGGUCCUGCUUUUGCACGUGGCUGGUGGUUACUUCAUGAGCCACCCAGUGACUGGUUAGAAAGGCUUUGUCAUGCAGACCUAAUCUACAUCAGCCACAUGCAUUCCGAUCACCUCAGUUACCCUACACUGAAGAAACUUGCUGAGCGGAGGCCAAAUGUACCCAUUUAUGUUGGAAAGACAGAAAGGCCUGUAUUCUGGUACCUUGAGCAGAGUGGUGUAAAGCUGACCAAUAUUAAUGUUGUUCCGUUUGGAGUCUGGCGACAAAUGAACAAGAAUCUUAGAUUUAUGAUACUGAUGGAUGGUGUUCAUCCGGAAAUGGACACUUGUAUCAUUGUUGAAUACAAAGGGCAUAAAAUCCUAAAUACGGUAGACUGCACCAGGCCCAACGGUGGAAAGCUUCCAGAGAAUGUUGAUCUGAUGAUGAGUGACUUUGCAGGUGGAGCAUCAGGAUUCCCAAUGACAUUCAGUGGAGGAAAAUUUACAGAGGAAUGGAAAGCCCAGUUUAUUAAAACUGAAAGGAAGAAGUUGCUGAAUUACAAGGCUCAGCUAGUUAACGAUUUGAAGCCAAAAAUCUAUUGUCCUUUCGCUGGAUAUUUUGUUGAAGCUCAUCCAUCUGACAGUUAUAUCAAAGAAACAAACCUUAAAAAUGAUCCAGAUGAGUUGAAUUGUUUGAUAAAGAAAAAAUCUAGUGGAGUUUCAACAUGGACACCAAAACCUGGAGCCAUUCUGGAUUUAGCAAGGAUGCUCAAAGACCCAACAGACAGCAUGGGUAUAGUAGAUCCUCCAGCAGGAACAAAAAUUUUCAAAGAAUCAUGGGACUUUAAACCAUAUAUAGAAGCUCUGGGUGCUGCAGUUGAUGAUGAGAUAUUUCUCUAUUCUUCCUGGGUGAAAGAGUACUAUAACUGGGCUGGAUUUAAAUACUAUGACCUUGUGAUAAGGGUGAUUGAAACUGACGACGAUUUCAACCCUUUGCCCAGAGGGUACAAUUAUUUGGUGGAUUUUUUGAACUUAACUUUCCCAGCAGAAAGACCAUGCCAUGACCGUCCAUAUGAAGAGAUAAGGGCCCGAGUUAGUGUAAUGAGGCAUAUAGUAAAGCAUGGACUACUCUGGGAUGAUCUGUAUAUAGGAUUCCAAACUAAUCUGCAACGUGAUCCUGACAUAUAUCAUCAUCAGUUUUGGAAUCAUUUCCAAAUAAAACUUCCUCUGACACCACCUGACUGGAAGUCAUUCUUGGCACAAGAAAAACAUUAAGCAAACAUUUAUCAGAGCUG